GGAAGUAACUUGACUAUAACGAAUGCUGCUGAGCGAAGAUGAAUGUACGCGUUUUAGUCUUCUUUCUUUUAUCGUUUGGAGUUUGGGAGGUUUGGAGUCAUGAUGGUAUUUCUCCUCUUGUCCAAAGUUUGGACGGGGAGUGGAAUUUGUGGAACUCCAACAAAUCAGUUUCUCUGACCGCUCGGGUGCCAGGCUGCGUCCAUACGGCGCUGCAGGAGCGAGGCUUCAUACAGGACCCUUACUUCCGCUUCAAUGACCUACUCUAUGAGUGGAUCUCUUUGGACAAUUGGACAUACGCCACCACCUUCGUGGUGUCUAAAGAGCUCAGGUCCAAGCGGCAAGUGCUUCUGAUAUUGGACGGCGUGGACACAGCGGCGUCCGUUUGGCUCAACGGUGUGUUGGUGGGACGCACGGACAACAUGUUCUGCCCAUAUGUCUUUCCCGUCCAAGGACGGCUGAAGGCCGCAGACAACACGUUGACGGUUCACAUCCUGUCUUCUGUCGUGUUUGCCGCCCAGAAAAGGAACGCUCACACUGCCUACAGCGUUCCUCCCGAGUGUCCACCCGACGUCCAGAAAGGACAAUGUCACGUCAAUUUCAUCAGGAAAGCCCAGAGUUCGUUCAGUUGGGACUGGGGUCCGUCCUUCCCAGGCGCCGGGUUAUGGAAAGGCGUCCGCCUGGAGGCCUUUGACCUGCUGCGCCUCGUCCACUUGGCCGCUCUUCCUCUCUACGACAUCGUCCGCUCGUCGUGGUCGCUGCAGGUGGACAUGCUCGUGGACGCGCUAGUGCCCACCUCGGCCCAAAUCACGCUGGACUUGCCCGAGCUGCUCUCCAGUGUUACCUUCCUGACAAACAUCCGCCAGGGUCCAGGCUUCACCUACACCUUCACCCUCCACGUCAACGCGAGCAGCAACGUGAAGCUGUGGUGGCCCAAUGGUCACGGCCAACAAACAUCUUACCGCCUCCUGGUCACGGCGCGUUUGCUGGAUGGGUUUGCGCUACUCCAGGCGGAGUCAAAGGUUUACUUCCGCAGAGUGGAGCUGGUCCAGGAGUCCAUCGCCGGCUCGUCGGGUCUGACUUUUUACUUUCGCAUCAAUGGGAAGCCAAUUUUCCUCAAAGGCUCCAACUGGAUCCCAGCACACUCUUUCCAAGAUAGAGUCACGCCUCAUGUCUUGGAAGACUUGCUGCGGUCGGCAGCCGAGGCCAACAUGAACGUUCUUCGCGUUUGGGGCGGCGGCGUUUACGAGCAAGACGCCUUCUACGAGGCCUGCGAUGAAAAUGGUCUCAUGGUGUGGCAGGAUUUCAUGUUCGCUUGCGCCAUGUACCCCACCGAGGAUGACUUUGUGCGCAGCGUGAGGGAAGAGGUCUACCAACAGAUCUGGCGUCUGAAAUCUCACCCGUCCGUCAUCGUGUGGAGCGCCAACAACGAGAACGAAGCGGCGCUGGCCACUGACUGGUUCCACAUUCCUAUCUGGAAGCGGCCUGUCUACUUCAAAGACUACGUCACGCUCUACGUGGACAACAUCAUGGCAGUCGUGAAACAGGAGGAUCCCAGUCGGCCGUUCCUGGUCUCCAGUCCCACAAACGGCGCCGAGUCGGAGCGGGAAGGGUACGUGGCCAGCGAUCCGUACGACCCGCGCUACGGUGACACGCACUUCUACAGCUACCUGGACGACUGUUGGAACUGGCGCGCCUUCCCCCGUGCGCGCUUCGCCUCCGAGUACGGCUUCCAGUCGUGGCCGUCGCUCUCCACGCUGCAGCCGGUGUCUCUUGCGGAGGACUGGAGCUUGAGCAGCCGUUUUGCUCGCCACCGUCAGCACCACCAGGAUGGAAACCAGCAGAUGCUGAAGCAGGCGGCCCUUCACUUCCACCUGCCCAACUCCAGCGACCCGCUCGCCAACUUCACGCAUACGCUCUACCUCACACAGGUGAUGCAGGCUCAGUGCGUGAAGACUCAGACAGAAUUCUACCGGCGCAGCCGCAGUGAGCUGGUUGGGGGCCUCGGAAACACCAUGGGUGCACUCUACUGGCAACUCAACGACAUUUGGCAGGCGCCCUCCUGGUCGUCCAUCGAAUUCGGCGGCAAGUGGAAGAUGUUGCAUUAUUUGGCCGCCGACUUCUUCGCCGACGUCCUGCCCGUUGCCUUCGAGGACGACGACACGUUGCUCAUCUAUGCCGUUUCUGACCUGAGCCAAGACCUCAAACUCAGAGCUGUGGUGUCAGUCUACGCAUGGCGCACCCCUGAGCCGCUUUGCACGCUGAAAUCUGAUCUUGUGGCGGUCCCGGGAGGAAGCGCCGUUGCGGUUUUCAAAGGGCGCGUCGCUGCCCUACUGGCUGGAUGUGGACGCUGCAGCCGCUUCAGCUGUCUGCUGGCCUUUCGCCUGGAGGAGGGCGACGGCACCCAACGCGGUCCCGCCAACCACCACUUCCUGUGCUCGCCCAAAGAUGCCCUGGGCCUACGACCACCAAACAUCACAGCUAAAGUUCGCAAGGACGAAACAGGAUUGGUGGUGGAUCUCCAGGCGAGCACCGUGGCUCCUUUCGUGUGGCUUGACGUGGGCGACAUUCCCGGACGCUUUAGCACCAACGGCUUCUUGAUGCUGUCCAGGAACAGGACAGUGGCGUUCCGCGCCGGGAGGAACACAAGCGUUACGGAACUCUCCCAAGCACUCAGCAUCACCUCCUUGAGCGACCUCUACUCACCUUAAAUUGCCUUGAAGGUGGUCACCACCCGAUCCUGAUUGCCUGUCAGUUCAGUGGGAGGGCACCUGAUUUUUUUUCCCAUCUUGGAACAUAUAAGAUGACACGUCUUUUGUAUGGAAAUGUCAAACAUUCCUUAUCCUCUGAACUAUUGAACUAACUACUAUUGAACUGCAGCUUUCUGUUAUGCAUCGAUUGUAUUGCCCCCUAGUGGAAGUCACGCAGACCAGAAUGAACUGCACAAAGAAGCAUGAACUUUUGAGGCACAACCUGUUAAAUUAUUUGCAUUCUUCAUAAUUAAUAAAUUAGUACUUCCAGAGACAAUA